UAGGCAAAAGUACCAUCGAUUGGUUGACUUGACUAAUGACGCUUCAGAAAAUUGUUCGUUCCGUGUGGAAAGUUUUGUUCUGCGACUUGCAGUAAAAACUCAUUGUCGAGCAGUGUGAAAAGGUCUCGUUAUAAGUGAAUAUCGUGCUAAAAUAUUUCAUCAGUAAGUCUAUUGUUGCCGAUCAAUCUACUUUGGCCACCUAUUAGUAUAUCAGUCGAAACCCUUCUGUACCAGUGCGUAUAAAGGUUUUGACCACAUCGCAAAAUCAAUCGAGUUCUCACUGAAAUCGGACAAAAGUGUAAAAUAAAAUUCUCUCUCUGUUCUGGUGCAUAAAUUUUUCUGUUAACCCCCAAAGAAGGCAAAAUGAAGCAAGUUCUAGCUUUGGCGAUUGCAUUCUCCAUGGUCUUUAUGGCCUCAGCAUCCCUCAAGUGUUCACUUGAUGUGCCGGAGAUUCCAAAAGACUGGCAAGAUAUGUUCAAGAGUUGCAUUGAGAAGAUGCGCACACAGAUCCAAAUGGAAGUUGAUGCCUCCAUGAAAUACUUGGCUAUGGCAGCCUAUUUCUCCAGAGAUACUGUCAAUCGUCCAGGAUUUGCCAAGCACUUCUUUGAAGCAUCUUCAGAGGAGCGCGAACAUGCCAAUAAACUCAUCGAGUACCUUCUGAUGCGUGGUGGUCUGAACACCUUCAAUGAGACCAGCUACAUUACAUCCCUCAUCAAGGUUCCGAUGGUGAAGAAACUGGAAUGGGAGUCAGGAGUAGAUGCUCUGGAGGAGGCUCUGAAACUUGAGGCUGAGGUUACCAGGAGCAUUCGUGAUGUUAUCAAGACUUGCGAGGGUGACGUAAAUGACUAUCAUUUGGUGGACUAUCUCACGGGAGAAUUCCUGGAAGAGCAAUACAAUGGACAGCGUGAACUGGCUGGCAAAAUCUCCACCCUGCGCAAGAUGAUGAAGACUCAUGGAACCAUUGGCGAAUUUAUGUAUGAUAAGAAGCUUCUGGAAUGAGUGAAUCCCUUCCAAAUCGAGUUGUAAUAAAUAUUGAAUUUAAAGAAAGAAAAAAAAAGAAAUAAAACAAUAGAAUGUUAAUAGAUGUGUCUAGAUACUGAGCCACAGGAAAUGACUGUGAUGAGCCAGCCAUUCUCGGGAUUACCCUAAUCUAAUCACUAUUUGAUUCAUUUUACAUAUUCUCAAUUACUUUGUUUACGAUUAAAAGAAGAUGUGUAAUUAAGUUUUCAAUAAAAUGUAGUCUUUGGA